ACACACGUAGUAGGCGGAGGCAGCAGACACACACACACACACACACACACACACGUAGUAGGCGGAGGCAAGAAGCCACACACACACACACACACAUUGGAGGGAACCCCAUCAGCUGUGGGAAGGAAGCAACACAGCUUGAACUUACUUUUAUUUUUCUAACUAUAUUGUUCAGAUAUUCAAACUGAAUUAGAGAUAUGCGUCAUUGAGGAGUAAAGCGAGAGCUCUGCGCUAAACGUACAUCACUGUAUUUUAAGGACAGCAGUGGAGGAAGGAAAAAAAAACAGAAAACACGGACUACAGAAGGUGGCUCUGAAAGCAUGGAAUAUUUCAUGAUGCCGACAGAGAAGAUACCGUCCUUACAGCACUUCAAGAAGACGGAGAAAGAUGUUAUUGGGGGUCUCUGCAGCCUGGCCAACAUCCCCCUCAGUCCAGAGACGGCCCAGGACCAGGAGAGACGUAUCCGGCGAGAGAUUGCCAACAGCAACGAGCGCCGGCGCAUGCAGAGCAUCAACGCAGGCUUCCAGUCCCUCAAAACGCUCCUGCCUCACACAGAUGGAGAGAAGCUCAGCAAGGCGGCCAUCUUGCAGCAGACUGCAGACUACAUCUUCGCCUUGGAGCAGGAAAAGACACAGCUCCUGGCACAGAACAACCAGCUCAAACGCUUCAUCCAGGAGUUUAGUGGCUCAUCACCUAAGAGGAGGCGAGCAGAGGAGAAGGACGAAGGGAUCGGGUCUCCAGACACGCUGGAGGAGGAGAAAGUCGAGGAGCUCAGAAGGGAAAUGUUAGAGCUGCGACAGCAACUGGACAAGGAGCGCUCAGCUCGUAUGCAGGUGGAGGAGCAGUUUCGAUCUCUGGACACCCAGCUGCACCCAGAGCGUCUGAAGGUGAUCACUCAGCAGGUGGAGGAGGAGCAGGCGCUCCUCCAGAGCCAAACGCUUAUACGCCUGCAGCAGAUCCACUCCUCUGACAGACAAACACACAGUCCACAGGUGCUGGCCCCUCCCACUCCCCCUGCCCCAACCCACCACCCCACAGUCAUCGUCCCGGCCCCAACACUAACCCAGCACCCCCACCACCACGUCACUGUGGUAACCAUGAGCUCGUCUGUCCACACCAGCACUGUGUCCACGUCCAGACAGAACCUGGACACGAUCGUGCAGGCCAUCCAGCACAUCGAACGCACUCAGGAGAGGAGAGCGAGCGCCGAGGAGGAGCAGAGGCGAGUGGUCAUCGUUAGCCCCAGCCACGUCGCCAUGGACACCGCCUGCUCAGACACAGACACCGACACAGAGGGAGAGGACUGUUCAAUGAACUGAUCGCAUUCCAUGAACACACACACACACACACACACACACACACACACACACACACACACACACACACACACACACACACACACACACCAACAAACACUUAAAAUACCUACUCACUGUAAUAUUCCCUCCAGGAGCUUGACUACUUUAAAAAAAUAAAAGAAGGAAAAAAAGAAAUCUUUCUUUGGCAUUAUCCAAACUCUUAAAUCCAGUGGUUAAGCUCUGUGUCAGUCCUGUACUGUAAAAUCUCUGAAGUUUGACAACAUAGGAUGGUCAGCGUGCAGAGGAGGCCCUGUGGGAUUUCUAGAGGCUGUUUUUCAGUGUCAGAGCCGGUCUGUGGCUACUUGAAAACUUGAGGGUCUCCUCGUGUAAAAAGCCCUCAGCAUCAGUCCGUCCUUUAUGUGUUUAUGUUUGCUACUUACAGUACCGCAGUUACCUGUCAUCACUGGCACGCUGACAGUAUUAUUUGUGCUACAAAUUGAUGGAGUCAGUACAAUGGAGAGUUGAAUGUAACAACACAAUAAGGAAGCAGCUCUUGAUUCUGAAAGGGGACAUGGAGUUGUCAUUUCUUCCCCCAGUCUUAACUAGUUUUGUUUUUCCUGGUUGGCUCUGUGAUAUUCUAGUGCCAGUGGCCACGAAAACCCAACUUAAACUGCAACAAAAGGCAAUUCUAAAUUUAAAAAGUCCGGGAAAAAAAUCUAAGUAAUUUGAGGAAAGAUGUUGAAUGAAAUUAUGUCAGAUUUACUUGAAGAAAAAAAAAAGGUUGUGUUUUUGAUAUUGAAAUAAGCCCUUAAAAAUAAGCUGUUAAAAAAUUUACAUGAUCAUCUUUAGGUUUUAAUGUUUUUCAUGUUUUUGACGAUUUUUUUUUUCUGUCAGGGUUACUGAAUGUCGAAGGUGAACAUUUUGUUAUAUUGAGAUUAACAACUUAAAAUCUAUCUAUCUUCUGGUCUUGGUUUGUUGAUUUCAGUGACUAUGCACUAGAGUUUUUUGGUAUUUAUGCAAUUCCAUCUUCCGUACAUUUGUUGGUGUCAUUAAUUAUACAUGAGGUGAAGUUGUCUAUGCACCGUUGAUAGGUGUGUACAUUACACCUACAGUAUAUGUAUGAAACUUGACAUGCUUGUAUCAAAGAAUGUAGUCUCUACUUGCAAGGUGCUCUUUGUCAACCUGGUGCUCUUGUGACCAGCAGUGAGUUGAGGCCCCACUUGAUCACGUAUUAGUAUGUGCGUCUGAAUUAAUUGCGAAAAUGAUAUGUGUCAUUUCCACAUCUUGGAAUUGCUUGGGGAGCAGGGAGGAGUUGUGUUUGAUUACAAAUGGCAGCACAUUUUGUGUUGUCUCACUGUGAGGAUGGCUCACAUAAAUUGAGAGGGGGAAAAACUUCACAACACAUACUGUAUUCCAACAUAAAAGGCAUCAGAUCAACAGCUUUAGUUGGAAAACUAAGCGCAUAUUGAUAGAUCAACAUAUGUUUUCAGUGCAUCAAAUGCCACAAAAAGUGCAAAACUCAAAUGAGAAGCACUGAACUGAAUUGCAGAUCCCUCCCCAAAUCCCCAUCUCGCUCUAAAAUGCACCGUCUGUCCACCUCAUGUUUCAAUGCUUAUAUUUCUCUCGGGAAUUUGACUGGAAAUCCCUGCUUCGAGCCUCCCUCCUGUCAUACUCGAUUUGAUAUGCUGACUUGAUGCUGUAAACAUUCCUUUUAUUUGGAUUCGUAUCUUAUAUGUUCUGUUGCCAAUUACAUGCAUGUUACUAAUUGCUAUUUUCUCUUGUCUAAAUCUGGCUUUUGUUUUGACAUUUUGUUUAUUUUAUUUUUCCGUUUUUUUUUUUUUUUUUUUUCUG